CACUUGCCGCGCUCUGUCUCCUUCUAGCUCCACUCCUGGGCUCCGCUUCCCGGGUCCGAACCGCGCCUCCCCGCCCAAGCCCAAACCCCGUCUCCACCUCCCUGUCGGAGCCACACCACACGACCCGAACCCGCCUCCCGGGGGCGGAGCCGCACCAGGUGCGGACCCGGGGCGUGGCGGAUGUCCAGGAGCGCCAGGUGCGGCUUCCGUGUCAAGAUGGCCGCCGCCUGCCGCAUCGGAGCCCGGGUCCCGCCCGGCCGCCGCCUCUUUGCCGGGACCCCGCUGCUUCGCGUCGCCCUCUGCCUCCUGUGCUGGGCCCCGGCGGCUGUGGUCGCCGUCCCCGAGCUCGGGCUCUGGGCAGCGACGAUCAGCGACAAAUCAGGACCUUUGAUAUUUAGGAAAACUGUGUUUAACUCUACAGAAAUCAGGUUUUCUGUUAAGUCAUUCAGUUGUUCUGGGCCUGUGAAGUUUACCAUCGAGUGGUAUUUGAAGUAUCAUACCUGUCAGAAUGAAUAUUCUAAGCUGGAGGAGGAGCUAUCACAAAAACAUGAACCUAGCGUUGAUGAAGACUUUUGUGGUCAUUAUUUCAAGAACGUUGAAUGUUGGACAACAAAAUAUGAAAACAUAAAUUGCAACAGUGACUUACAGGUGUUUCCCUCAUUGAAUAAUAAGGAACUAAUUACAAAUAUCAGAAAUGUUUCCAACCAGGAAGGAUCUACAGAUGUGAUAGCUAGAACACAGAGAGAUGGAUUUCAUAUAUUUGUUGUUUCUGUGAAAACGGACAAAACAGAUGCAAGAUGGAAUUUGAAUGUUUCUCUUUCUAUGAUCGGGCCUCAUGGAUAUAUUUCUGCGUCAGAUUGGCCACUAAUGAUUUUUUACAUGGUGAUGUGUAUCGUUUAUAUUUUAUAUGGCGUACUGUGGCUGAUGUGGUCUGCCUGUUAUUGGAAAGAUAUAUUAAGAAUUCAGUUCUGGAUUGCAGCUGUUAUUUUCCUGGGAAUGCUUGAAAAAGCAGUUUUUUAUACCGAAUAUCAAAACAUCAGCAGCACUGGGCUAUCAACCCAAGGUUUAUUGAUAUUUGCGGAGUUGAUAUCUGCGGUUAAGAGGACAUUGGCUCGCCUCCUUGUGAUCAUUGUGAGCUUGGGCUACGGCAUUGUGAAGCCUCGUUUAGGAACAGUCAUGCACCGGGUGGUUGGACUGGGGAUUCUUUACUUUAUCUUCGCAGCUAUUGAAGGCGUGAUGAGAGUUAUUGGGGCAAAUGACUCUGAUCUUGUGCUUCUGGCCAGCCUCCCUCUCUCUCUCCUUGACUCUGGCUUGUGCUGGUGGAUAUUUAUAAGUUUGGCCCAAACUAUGAAGACUCUAAGGCUAAGAAAGAACACGGUGAAAUUUUCUUUAUACAGGCACUUUACAAAUACUCUGAUCUUUGCCGUACUGGCUUCUGUAGUAUUUAUGGUGUGGACGACUAAGACGUUUAGAAUUGCAAAAUGUCAAUCCGAUUGGAUGGAACGUUGGGUUGAUGAUGCAUUCUGGAGCUUCCUUUUUUCGCUUAUCCUUAUUGUGAUAAUGUUUUUGUGGAGACCAUCAGCAAACAACCAGAGAUAUGCCUUCAUGCCAUUAAUAGAUGAUUCUGAUGACGAAAUUGAAGAAUUCAUGGUAACAUCUGAGAAUUUAACUGAAGGAAUAAAAUUAAGAGUCUCAAAAACGGUUUCCAAUGGAACAGCUAAACCUGCUACUUCUGAUAAUUUUGAUGAAGAUUUGAAGUGGGUGGAAGAAAAUAUUCCCUCUUCAUUCACAGAUGUAGCUCUUCCAGUGUUAGUGGAUUCAGAUGAGGAAAUCAUGACCAGAUCUGAAAUGGCAGAAAAAAUGUUCUCUUCAGAAAAGAUAAUGUGAUUGGAACCCAUAUAAAUGAAACCCAGUUAACGGUGAAGGACUUCCUCAAGACUGAAAGAGAGCUUUGUUUUGAUCUAGUGCAACAAGUUUUUAUUGCAUUAUCUUGGAAAUCUAUGUAUUAAAAUUAAGAAUUCAGGUGGUAGGAGGGUUCUCCACCCCUUUUAAGCUACUUUAAAUGUCAGCUUAAUGUCCACCAAAUUGCCUGGAUUUGGAAAUAAUCUAAGAGAAGUAUUAUGAUAAAGAAAUAUGCCCGAAUGCUCUUAGCUAAAAGGAGGCAGGGAUGUGGAUAUGGGCUUUCUCUUUUCUCUGGAAAAUAUGACAAUUCCAGAUUUAAAAAUAUUUUUUACGUGAACACUUCUAUUCUUCCACUCACUAACCUUUGAGGUAGAGGAUGUGAUUCUUCUGAAGUGUGGUAAAGCAGCAUCUCCAUCUCUUAGGUUUCUAGUUACUAGAUGCAAUAAUAAUAUUCUUUGACUUUUAUAUGGAAGUGAUUUGAUAUCAAGUAAAACUUGAUUAACCGUAGAACAUAAGCAUGGUUAUAGGGUUAGUUUUGGGGGGUGUGUGUGUGUGUGUGUCUGUGUGUGUACACACAUAUGGGUCUGCACAAGGUCCUUGUUUGUAAAUAUCACCAUGCACAUCAAAUCACAGAGGUAGGUCCUCUCUAAGCUCAGGGGAACAGAAGUACACAGGAAUAAGGUCUUGAAGGUCACUUCCAAGGAUUUGCCCUCCCACUAUCCCCUCAUUCAGGCCACGUGUUCACGUGCUGCUGCUGAAUCUGUGUGGGGCAGGUGGUAAUCACGUGGCCAGAUGGGGAGCACUUUCUCCCCGGCAAGCUGGCAGAUUCGUUACCAGUGAGCCUUAUAGACCCUAGAACAUCCUUUACAUAAUCUUGGUUUAUUUGAUUUUAUAAUAAAACAUGUAUUUGUCUGUACAGUACAUCACUAUUAAUCUUGUAAUUAAUUUCUUGACCUUCGACCAUGUUUUAUACAUCAUUUUGUUACAUAUUAUAUAUGUAAUGUAUGAUUUGAAAUUUUUUAAUAUUUUUUUUUAAUGCAGAACAUUCUAAACUUGAAAGGUAGUUGAAUGUAAUAUGAUGGAAAUGUGAAUGUUUUGCUGCUUUCAUGACCAAAGAUACAGGGCUCGUGGACAUGUAGGAUAGGAAUUAAAGUUAGAAUUUUGCAUAUCUUUCUUUGAAGGAGUUCUAACACCUUGGGAAUUGAGAAUGGCUUCAGAAGAGUUUGAGAAGCACUUAAAGUCUUAACCAGUACAAACACUUAAAUAUGACCUUUAUUAUUUUUUUCAUUAUGAAGCCACAAAAUUGUCCUUUCAAAAGCCUACUUUUUCAAUUUACUUCUCAUUUAUUCAUUUCAUAGGGAUUAGUAAGAAAGAUCGCUAGUAGUAAUAUCUAUUGAAAGAUACUUUCAGAUUUAUUUUCCAUAGGGAACACUGAACAGUUUGGGACAUGCUUCCUAGGAAAAGAGUGGCUAACAGUGUGAGUUCCAUUCCUUUUUUCUGUUUUUGACACGAUAAAGGGCCCCUACCUACUACAUUUCCCAGCAUUUGUGUCCAUUCUGGUUUUGCUGUGUUUUACCCGGGCCCAGUUGUUGCAGGGCUGUGGCGACCCUGCCUUCUAGGUCCUGCUUUUAUCUACCACUCCCAUUGUUAGAGGCAGACCCCCAACUCCUCAGAUAGCUCCAGAUGAAUUUUGAAAUGCAGAGUCCUGGGCUUCCAGCCAGUAGGAGCUACAAAUGUAGCGGAGCAGGAGUGGGGCAUCGAUGUGAAGUGUGUUAAUAAGGGAGACUGCCUCUGGCAUAACCUCAGUAGUGCGUACGAAAACACUGCUUUCAGCUAUAGGCUGAAAUGCAAACUUUUUUCAUCUUCUAGAGAAAGCAGGAUUCCCUCCUGACAACCUUAUCAGACAUGUUUUUCAAAGGGCAUAUUCUCUGUCACUUUCAGUGACAAUUGUGGCACCAGUUGGUGUUUAUAAUGACCUGAAUUGAGUAUUCCUACGGAGGGCCCUCUUAGCCCCCCCAACCCCCGUAAACAGAAGGGGGUGUCCUCAGGCUACAGCUGUGGUUCGAACGAAGGGCACUGGGGAGAAGUUAUAACCAGGGCCAUCGUACAGCUCGUCACCCCACUUCUGCAACAAGUGGUCAGGAACUGGUCCUCAAAGCUUUUGAGGCUAUCAGACCAGUUUAUUCUUGGGGAGCCAACCAGAUGAAAGGAUCUGAGGGUGAUUCCAGUUUUAUGUGUUCCUAGACAAAAUGCUUACAUGUUCUAAUGCAACUCAUGUUAGAUUUAUACAAUGUGUGAAAUCUGCGUCAAAGGGAAUUUUCAUGAUUUGAGUUAGAUUAGGAUUUAAUUAUCUGCUUUAAAGGACAGUAUAUUUAUUUCAGAAAUAAGGAAAAAUAAAUGAAUGUAUGAAUUUUUUAAGCCUGAGAGAUGAUGUUCCCUUACUUUUCCUGUAAAGAAAAUAAUUUUUAAAUCUUUCGUAUCCUAUAGAGAAAACCAACUUUUCCUCUGUGAUACAGUACAUUAUGUUUGCACUACCAUAAUGUCAGGACUGAGAGUAUGAAAAAUGUACACAUAAGACUGAUUUUUGUAUCUUUUUUUAAAAGGGGGUUUCAGGUGCCCAACUGGCUCAGUCAGUAAACAUGCGGCUCUUUAUCUUGGGGUCGUGAGUUCGAGCCCCACGAUGGGGGCAGAGUUUCUUUUAAAAAUAAAUAAAAGGGGUUUGAGUCUAUUGCACUAAGCUUUACAAGCUAUACAUGACUAACUUAAAGGGGAGAACUGUUGUGCUAGAUUUAAAACUCACUAGUUUUUUUGGUACUUGUGUCUCUGUAGGGUCAACAGCGUGCACCGAGCAAUAGAGCACACCAAGCCUUAUACUUACAAAGAGAAGUUUAACAUACUAGGUAAAGUUCUAAACAUAUCACAUGUAUAUAAGUGACAAAAAUAGGAUUUUAAGCAAAUGUACAGUAUAUACAGAAGCUCAGUACUUCGUUAAGAAACUAGGGAAACGUGUAUUUGAGGAGAAAAUUUAGGGGUUUGAAAAGUUAUAUUUUUCUAUUUAAAAGGGUUAAAUUAUUGUAUAAUUUGGAAGAAGUUGCUUUGAAUGUAGGACAAAACUGUUUCAAAGAUUUUUGUUUUAAAAAGUUGAUGUAUUUUUGUGCCUUAAUAUUUGUUCUGACUUUUAAUAAAAUGCUUUCUGAAAUUCUA